AUGGAGGCCGGGGUAGAAAUGAAAUUCCGGGUAGCGGAUGAUGGCUCCUUGAUGAUGGGACAAUGGUUGUACGUGCCUAAUGAUGAAACAGUCAAACGAAUGGUUCUACAAGAAGCACAUGAGUCCAAGUUCUCCAUAUAUCCUGGCAGCACUAAGAUGUAUAGAGACCUGAGACACCUCAAUUGGUGGCCUAAUAUGAAAAAGGAAAUAGCUGAGUAUGUGUCUAAGUGUGGAUUUCCCAAAGGGAGGAAAGGAAAUGACGCGAUAUGGGUCAUUGUAGAUCGGUUGAUGAAAUCCGCACUAUUCUUGCCUAUAAAAAUGACCGACUCGGUGGACAAGCUUGCCAAGAUCUACAUAAAUGAGGUGGUACGGCUUCAUGGGAUUCUGGUGUCCAUUGUAUCGGAUCAAGAUCCCAGAUGGCCAAUCAGAAAGAGUCAUCCAAGUCUUGGAAGACCUAUUACAGGCAUGUGUGCUAGAAUUUGGAGGAAACUAAGAGGAACACAUGGCAUUGGUGGAGUUCACGAAAUUGGGGACCGGAAGUUAUAUGGCGUGGAGUUGGUCCAAGUCACCACGAAGAAAGUGAGAACUAUCAGGGAUCGCAUCAAAGCCGUACAGGAUAGACAGAAGAAGUAUGUUGAUCGAGUAGGACCAGUAGCCUACAAAGUGGACUUGCCCCCACAGUUAGCCAAGGUCCAUGAUGUGUUCCAUGUUUCCUUGUUAAGGAAGGCUGAUGUGGACCCCGCCCGAGUUCUACCCCAGGUUCUAGUAGAAGUCAAGGAAGACGUAACACUAGAAUUGAGGCCCAUAAGGAUACUAGAUCAAGAAGUGAAGGAGCUACGGAGCAAAAAGAUCCCCAUCAUCAGAAUCUUAUGGCAAAAUGCUCAAAUAGAAGAGGAAACUUGGGAGAGGGAGGCUGAGAUGAGGAAAAAGUACCCCAAUUUAUUUGAACUACCAGGUAUGGAGUAUGAAACCUCUUAA